CUGCGACGCGUCGGACGACCAUCGGUCUUGCCCCUGAGCGUACCCCGCCGACAUUCCACCCAACCGGGACCUCACCGACAACAACACGCCUCGAUCGCCAACUCUCUGGUUUGGAGGACUUUGCUGACCGUGAUUGUUUUUUCUCUACAGGUUCACCUUCAGACCGGCCAGUGCGGUAACCAGAUUGGUGCUGCCUUCUGGCAAAACAUCUCUGGCGAGCACGGCCUCGACAGCAAUGGCGUCUACAACGGCACUUCCGAGCUCCAGCUCGAGCGCAUGAGCGUCUACUUCAACGAAGCCUCCGGCAACAAGUACGUGCCCCGUGCUGUUCUCGUCGACUUGGAGCCCGGUACCAUGGACGCCGUCCGCGCCGGUCCUUUCGGUCAGCUUUUCCGUCCCGACAACUUCGUUUUCGGUCAGUCCGGUGCCGGCAACAACUGGGCCAAGGGUCACUACACUGAGGGAGCCGAGCUUGUCGACCAGGUUCUCGAUGUCGUCCGCCGCGAGGCUGAGGGCUGCGACUGCCUCCAGGGUUUCCAGAUCACCCACUCCCUCGGUGGUGGUACCGGUGCCGGUAUGGGUACUCUGUUGAUCUCCAAGAUCCGUGAGGAGUUCCCCGACCGCAUGAUGGCCACCUUCUCCGUCGUGCCUUCUCCCAAGGUUUCCGACACCGUCGUUGAGCCCUACAACGCCACCCUCUCCGUCCACCAGCUGGUUGAGAACUCCGACGAGACCUUCUGCAUUGACAACGAGGCUCUCUACGACAUUUGCAUGCGCACCCUCAAGCUCUCCAACCCCUCCUACGGCGACCUGAACCAUCUCGUCUCCGCCGUUAUGUCCGGUGUCACCACCUGUCUGCGUUUCCCCGGCCAGCUCAACUCCGACCUGCGCAAGUUGGCUGUGAACAUGGUUCCCUUCCCUCGUCUUCACUUCUUCAUGGUCGGCUUUGCUCCCCUGACCAGCCGUGGCGCCCACUCCUUCCGCGCCGUCAGCGUUCCCGAGCUCACCCAGCAGAUGUUCGACCCCAAGAACAUGAUGGCUGCUUCUGACUUCCGCAACGGUCGCUACCUGACUUGCUCUGCCAUCUUCCGUGGUAAGGUCGCCAUGAAGGAUGUCGAGGACCAGAUGCGCAACGUCCAGAACAAGAACUCUUCCUACUUCGUCGAGUGGAUCCCCAACAACGUCCAGACCGCUCUCUGCUCCAUUCCUCCUCGUGGCCUCAAGAUGUCCUCUACCUUUGUCGGUAACUCUACCGCCAUCCAGGAGCUCUUCAAGCGUGUCGGUGAGCAGUUCACUGCUAUGUUCCGUCGCAAGGCUUUCUUGCAUUGGUACACUGGUGAGGGUAUGGACGAGAUGGAGUUCACUGAGGCUGAGUCCAACAUGAACGACUUGGUCUCCGAGUACCAGCAAUACCAGGACGCUGGUGUUGAUGAGGAGGAGGAGGAGUACGAGGAGGAGGCUCCCCUCGAGGAGGAGGUCUAA